GUAUCGAGGUCUCUUAAUGUCUGACGCUCACGAGUGUCGGUCAAGUACAGCCGACGAUUUACCGUGAACCGCCAAGGUAAUCUUAAUCGGCCGGUCAUCAUUCGACGGCGAUGUGGCGCGGCCUUUUUACGCCAAGUAAACGGCGCGGGACCAUGAGACGCGUUUCCUUAUGAGGAUCGGUAGAGACCUCGAGCGAGAACUUGGUCGGCCACGGCUGCGUGUAUAACGCGAUUCCGCGGUCUCGCUCCUCCGUGGCCGCGGCCUCAGUACGAAGAUAGAGAAUGUCGGAGAGUCCCUUCGAGCCGAACCUACCGAUGUUCGUGUGGACAAAAAUGGGAGACGAAAUCGCCCUACGAAUGCAGCUGAGGACCUGUUGCAGAUGCUGUUCCCUAAAAACGGGAACAAUCUUCAGCGGAGUAUGCGGUAUCGUGCUAGCCGUGAUUUCUCUGAUCCUGAUCUUCACUGCGAACGUAGAAUGGAAAACGAUAAUUAUCGACAUCCUAGACAAGACGGCCGUGAAGAUCAUCUUCGCGAUCAACCUCUGCAUGACCAUUCUGAUUUCUACGCUGCUCAUAAUCGGCGCUCUAAGGAAAAAUACAUUUAUGAUGCUUCCGUGGGUGGUUCUGGGCAUUAUGCUGGCCGUCGCGCUUCUUGUGAGCGUCCUUUACACCGCGAUUAUGUUCUUCGUAAACAGCGAAGUUCUUAACGGCGUUCUUUGGCUCGUUUUCGGUCUAAUUGCCGUCGUGGUGUACACAUACAUGUGGCUGGUGGUGUACAGCUACUUUCAACAACUGAGGAUCGAGAAGAUGAGCAAAAGAAUGGGUCCUUAUGGAAAACCGUACAAUUACCGGCGGGCAUGAGAGCAAGAUUGAAUGUGUACACGUACGAUUGCUUGGGGCCUGUCCGCGAAAGCGAUCGUGGAGAAUGGCGUGGCGACCGCAGCAAUCGCUACCGCUCGUAUAAACAUUUAUAGACGCGCGUCGACUCACGACACGUUGUUACAAUUGGUUGCAAGUUGCGGUGGUUCACGCCGUUUCCGCCGUGUCUCUGACUCGCUGAAUAACGUCGGACUGAAAAACUAAGUUUUCUUACAGUCAUUAUUUAUCCGAGCAACGACAUGGGAAUGUCUUCCUCUUAAUUGUCAAUCUAAACACAGCGUCAUAAAGAUAUUCCCGUUACAGUUUAUAUUUCGCACCAAAGCACGAUAUAUUUCGAUUUACAUGACCGGAUGUUUCGCGAGAGCAUCCCGUAAUCCGCGUAAAGUAAGCAUAAACUAUAGGACAUUUGUACAUUACGUUGUAUUUAUUGUAACUAUUAUUAAUUAUUUUGUCUAAUGAAUAAUUUUGCCCAUAUACGAAUACUCACGUAAUUUUUAAGAGUUCUGCUUUCGAGCGACUAAGAGCGUCAAAUAUUCCAAGUACAAUUAUUAAUCAGUGGUUAGUAAUGAAUUAGACAACCUGCUUUUUAUACGCUAUUAUAAAUUAAAUACCAAACGGCAUAAACAAAUAUUACUUUUAUCGUUCAGGUUUAAUCAAAGAGAGAGCGAGAGAGAGAGAAAUAGAUGAUUAGAGAAAUGCAGAUCGGUAAAUUGACCUGCAUUGUUAUAAAAUAGUUUACCAAGUGUUUUUUAUAAGAUGAAUUUUCGUAAAAAAAAUACUGCCCUUGUCGUCGAUCUCUUGUCAAGACAUAAUAAUAGCAAUAAUAUGAUGGAGUUUAUAAAUUAGUUAAGAAAUUAACUGGUAUUUAUUUAAUUUUUUAAUUUGUCAAGAGGAAGAAGUGGAAAUAUAUUACGCGUGAAAUACGUUUUGUCCGUAAUACCAUUAUAAAAAGUGAAUCUCUGUGUUUUAAUUACUUAUUUUUAAUUUUCUCUUCUGUAACGUGUGCCAUUGUAUCUGUUUCGACCUUAAUUAAUUAAUUAUAUAUUAACUACAUUUCUUAUUAUAAUUAAAAUAAUUCGAUUAUUUAAUUAUUGAAAAUCAUCAAUUAGUUCUUCUUUUCAAUACCAUCUGUUGCAAUCCUGAAAGUUAGGUUUCUUUCUUUAAAAUAAAUCCCUUUACAAAAUA